GCAUGUGGGAAACCUGUGACUGUUGCGCUUAAACGUCUCUCUCCUUUCGGGGGCCUCUGGACGGCACAACUCUGCGCAGGAAGACACCUGCACGCUCCCAGACUCACGUUGCCUCAGAGUUAACGGGCAAGCAUCGCGCAUUAAAGUUUCAGCCUGCAGUUAUUUUCGCUGGAGUUGUAAUAAUGUUAGGCAGCGGUAAGUCAGCGGCCACCAGUCCCAGAGAGCAGAGGGGGAAAGGGGCCGAGAAGGCGAUGGACCCCAUCAGGAGGCUCGGGCUGCUGGACAAUGAGGACGUACGUGUGAUGAUGCAGGGCUGCAACAUGGUGAAAGUUCGCUCUUCGAGGUGGCAGAAGAGCCGAAGCCUGCGGCUGCUGGAUGACGGACUCACUGUGUGGUGUGAAUCCACCAAGAGCUCCCGCAAAGCCAAAGCCCAGCAGACAUUCGCAGUGACAGAAGUGGAGUGUGUGCGGGAAGGCUGCCAGUCCGAGGCGCUGAGGCGGGUGUGCGGGUCGGUGCCCGAGAGCCAGUGCUUCACAGUGGUCUUCAGAGGAGCCAGGAAGAGCCUGGACCUGCUGUGCCCCUGUGAGGAUGAUGCUCGGCACUGGGUGCGAGGGCUCCGCACUUUAAAGGAGCAUUCGGCCAACAUGACUCAGAAGCAAAAACUGGACCAUUGGAUCCGAGGCUACUUGAGGCGAGCGGAUCAGAACCAGGACGGCAAGAUGAGCUACGACGAAGUGAAACGGCUCCUCCAGAUGAUCAACAUUGACCUGAGUGAGCAGUAUGCCCGCUGUUUAUUCAAGAGGUGUGACAGAUCCGGUGAUGAUCGUCUAGAUCAUAUAGAGAUUGAAGAGUUCUGCAGGGAGCUGCUGAGACGGCCCGAGCUGGACGCCGUCUUCAGACACUAUUCAAGUAAUGGUUGUAUGCUCCCCACCGCUGAACUGCGGGACUUCCUGGGAGACCAAGGAGAAGACGCCUCGUUGAAUCAUGCUCAGAGCCUCAUACUCACCUAUGAGCUCAAUGACUGGGCUAAGAAGAACCACUUCAUGACCCAGAAUGGUUUCACCAUGUACAUGCUGUCCCGGGAGAACGAUGUGGUUAAUCCUGACCAUGCCAGAGUCUACCAGGACAUGAGCCGUCCUUUGGCCCACUACUUCAUCUCCUCAUCGCACAACACUUACCUUACCAAGGACCAAGUCACCAGCGCCAGCAGCACUGAGCCGUACAUCAGGGCUCUGAAUCAGGGCUGUCGCUGUGUGGAACUGGACUGCUGGGAUGGAGAUAAAGGUGAACCUGUCAUCUACCACGGCCACACUCUCACCUCCAAAGUGCCUUUCAAGGAGGUCAUUGAAACCAUCGCCCAGUAUGCCUUUAAGGCGUCACCGUAUCCUCUAAUCCUGUCCUUGGAGAACCACUGUUCUGUAGAGCAACAGGCUGUCAUGGCCAAGCACCUCCGUACCAUCCUGGGCAGCAAACUGCUCACCAAGCCCCUUAGUACCCAGCCGCCGAAGGAUCUGCCUUCUCCUGAGGAGCUGAAGGGGCGUAUUCUGGUAAAAGGGAAGAAGCUGACUCCUCACUUGGGCCAGCUGGGCAAGAAUGGCAGCUGUGCCAGCUUCUCCUCAAGCUCUGAAGAUGAACUAGCAAGCAGCAAUAAGAACGGCUUCAAGAAGGAUCCUGCAAAGGUCUGUUCUAAACUAAGCCCAGAGCUAUCAGAGCUGGUGGUGUACUGCAGAAGUGUCCCCUUCCGUGGCUUUGAAAACGCGCCUGAAAAACCUCCAAAUGAAUUGUCCUCCUUCUCUGAAAGUGAAUCCCUCAGGCUCAUCAAAGACUCGGGAAAGCUUUUUGUGAGACACAACAGCAAGCAGCUGAGCCGGAUCUACCCCUCCGGCCAGCGCCUCCAAUCAUCCAACUAUGAUCCUCAGGAAAUGUGGAACGGUGGCUGCCAGAUGGUGGCUCUGAACUUCCAGACUCCCGGGGAGCAGAUGGACCUGAACCAGGGUCGCUUCCUCCCCAAUGGUCGCUGUGGAUACGUCCUUAAACCGGGCUUCCUGUGCAGCCCAACUUCUGAAUUUAACCCAGAGAACACGGGGGAAGGCCCCGGUCACAUCCCCACCCAGCUGACUAUACGAAUAAUAUCUGCGCAGCAGCUGCCAAAAAUCAACACGGAGAAGGCCAGCUCCAUUGUGGACCCACAAGUGUGGGUUGAAAUUCAUGGGGUGGCUAUUGAUAAUGCAAGAAACAAAACCCAACGCAUUGACAACAAUGGUUUCAACCCCCGAUGGGACUGCACUCUGAGCUUCCAGCUGCAGGUCCCUGACUUGGCUCUGGUGCGGUUUGUAGUGGAGGACCAUGAUCACACUGCCAAAAAUGACUUUGUUGGGCAGUUCACUUUACCUUUCAUAAGCCUACGAACAGGUUAUCGACAUGUUCAUUUAUUGAAGGCAGAUGGUUCCAGUCUGUCUCCCGGCACACUCUUCAUCCAUGUUAAAGUGACCCGCAAAGGAGUUCCCAUCAAAACUGUGUCCGAGCGUAUGGCCAUCGCCAAGGGCAAGGCAUGACAUGCAUCUGAACGAGAUGGAAAGCUGCAUUUUCUGACAACAAAGACCUUUGGAAAAAAGGAGCUCUGAAUCUGAGUAAAGAGAAAGAGAGACUGCUGCUGUUGCUGCCAGCCGGUCUCCGAGUCCAGACCUCAAGUGGUCCAAUUUACACUGAGCCACUUCCCACUACAGGAUGAGAAAUGUUGAUUUUUAGAGAUGAGGAAGCGCGCUGGCUAUUAGCAAAUGAAUUGCCUCAGGCUGGAUAAUGAAUCCAAGAUACACUGUGGGGGCAUCUGGUCUUGUCAGUGCCGAGUGCUCUGGAAACAGGGCACCGACGAUUGUGGUUCACGAAAAACACGAAUAUGGGACUCGUUAAAAAAAUUGUUUUAGUGUUGUUAACACACACAAGUAUUUUAAUAUUUUUAACACUUAAGUAUUUGACUUAAACUUGAAGAAUGAGGAUAUUUUAACAAGAAACAACACUUACCUAACCAAUGCUGUGCUAUAAGAGGAAAUCCAAGCAUGUGAUUAAAAUGAUAAUUAUUAUUGUUUUAUUAAGUAUUGUUUUAACACUAAUUGUGAUGUAAUACAGAUGUAAUAGUGUUUCAGAGAUUGUCACAGUUUGUUUUAUCCAUCAAGGAUGAACAAAUUAUGAAAUUGUUUAUUCAUUUAGUCUUACUUGAUACUUCAGAUACUUGGCACUUUCAAUGUUAUGACGGUAUAUUUCCAUAACUUACAAAUGAACUUGAAAUAUGAACAGUAUUUAACUUAACAUUCUUACAAAUGUCACUUGUUUUAUUUGCGUCAGCACCAUUUCACACGUGUUAAAAUAAGUGUUUAUGUGUUGGCGAUAUUUGCUUGAAGGCUCCUUUGCUUCUGUUCUUUUAACAAUCCUGUAUAAUUAUUUGUGUAGCCAAUCAUCACCCCAACAUUCAUAUCUGAAAAUUAUGUUUAAACAAUAAUUGCCACAACCACCAAUUACUUUAGGCUACAGUGAAUCAUUUAAUGCUCUUCUAAAGAGCUUCCCUGAUAAUAAAAUGCUGCAGUAAUUAAGGUGCUGCACAUGGAUUACAGUAAUAACGGCAUAUAUGGUCAGGAUGGAUUUCAAUAGUGUGUAACAAAUGGUGUAAUAUGACUUUGCAGUGUUAAAGUGUAAAGCCUGUGUUGUGUUAAUGCCAGUUGGUAUUAUGUAUGCAAGAAAAAAUACUGUUUUCAUAAAAGCACUAAUAACACA